AACGAACAACAAAAAAGCGGUUUGAUGGCGGAUUAGUGGGAACGCCGAAUAAAUCAGUUCCUCGGGGGAAUUUGCCCCAAAACAUACUUAUAAUGGCAUCUGUCCAGGCAUCUUCAGGAGCAAAUCCACAGAGGAAUAAAAUGCUUCAUCCCUCCAAUCACAAACUUGUCCAAAAAAGUGUUGGACCAAGAAAGGUGACUCCGUCUGUGUACGUCCAGCAGAUGUUACAGUCUUCAGAGGAGCGUUUGGCUAAAACCACAGAGAUCCACCCGCCACGCAUCCUGGAGCUGCUGAACAUGAGCAAGACCACACAUCACAAAAUUUCCUUCGUGGAUUUGGACCAGGCACUUUUCCAGCCAGUUCCUUCUGAGCUGAUCUUCCAGAACUUCAGUCCUGGACAGACCUACAAGUUAGAUCUAGUCCUCUUCAACAUUGACAAGGUUCCCAGGCAAGUGAAGGUGGAGCUGCAGGACUCUGAAUAUUUCCAUGUGUUCGGUCCAGUGGACGUGUGCAGAAAGGUCGCACCAGGAUUGGAGACCACUUACACUGUCUGCUUCACCCCAACAGAGAAGAAGGACUACCACCACAGAGUGGUCUGUGUGACCGAGAGGGAGAGGUUUGAGGUUCCCGUCCGUGCCAUUGGACCACGGGCCAUUCUUGACUUUCAUGAUGAGGUCCAUUUCCCACUUUGUCCGGUGAAAGCCUCAACUCAGAGGACUCAGCUUGUCCGUAACAUUGGAAAUGGCGAGGCCAAGUUUGAGCUGCGCACUCAGAGACCCUUCUCAGUUACACCCUCAUGUGGGACUCUUGAUGUCGGCAAGAGCAUGCAGGUGACUGUGGAUUUCAACCCCAUGGCCACAGGAGACCACAAGCAGGACCUGCUGCUGCAUUUCCACACCGGUGAGGAUGUGUACAUCAGCUUGUACGGGGCCUGUGAAGAGCUGAACCUCCAUCUUCAGCCUGACUUUGUCCUGCUGAAAAACACGUACAUCUCACUGGCAAGCAAACACACGGUGUGCCUCUCCAACACGAGCGACAUCCCUCUGCGCUACCGCUGGACAACUUGCUCCUUCCAAGAAGAGGAGAACGUGUCCUUAUUGAGAGAGUCCUCAGUGCUCCAGCAGGAGGAGGGAGAGAUGGAGGAGCACUCGAUUCAAUCUGAGUUUGACCCUGCAGCAGCCCAUCGCCGCCCGCUGUUAUCUACAGCAGCACAAGAGCGCAGAUGCCAGGUCUCAACGGACGACGUCCUGACGAUGUCACACAGCUGCAUCACUGUGGAGCCGACGGAGGGGGAAAUCUGGCCUAAAAUGACGGCUCACUUUGACAUUAUCUUCAGACCUCAGGAGGCCAAAGUCUACCAUCAGACAUUUUACUGUGAUGUCACAGGCUGUGAAUCUCGGUUACCUCUGAUCCUCAAGGGUGAGGGCAUCGGACCUCAGCUUCAGCUUGAUUAUAACCUGGUGGACACCGAAACUGUAUUUAUUGGUAGCAAAAACCGUUACGAGGUGGUGGUGUCCAACAGAGGGCUGAUUGAUGGCUCCUUCAGGCUGUUAAGUCCCAACACUGCCUUCGGUCACUGUUUCUCUGUCAUUCCUGAGGAAGGUGUUGUUCCCUCUGGGGCCUGCCAAACUGUGGAAGUCACCUUCCACAGUUGCAUCUUGGGAACUUUCUGUGAGGACUUGCUGCUAAUCAUCACAGGACAGCCUCAACCGCUCACGCUGACCUUCAGUGGUCGUGUCAUUGGUCCAACUUUUCACUUCAGUGUUUCAGAGCUCAACUUUGGAAAUGUUGCCUUUGGUUUUCCACAAACAUCGACUUUUACACUCUACAAUACCUCAUUGGUGCCUAUGACGUUUUCUCUGCGUGUCCUGGGAGACGGAUUAGGUCCUCCCAGUGUGACCAGUGCCACACAGGUGUCUGAGCUGUCCAGGACCCAGUGGCGAGGCUUUGCUGCCACGUCCACACAGACACAACCUGUGGAGUUCACCAUCAGUCCGACUUCAGGCUCUAUACGUGCAAUGUCAGACGUCACUAUUAAGGUGACACUCUGCUCCAACACGGUGAAGAGCUACAGGCUGGCUUUGGUCGUAGAUGUCAGAGAUGUGGGGAAGGAGAUUAUGGCUCUGCCUAUCACUGCCAGAUGUGUUGUGCCUGACGUUCAGGUGGAGACUCCACUUUUGGACUUUCACAGGUGUUUCCUCCAUCACCGGUACGAAGAACAGAUCCGACUGACAAACCACAGCGCUCUGCCUGCCUGCUAUGGUGUGCUCGACCAGGAAUUUGAGGAGGGGCCGUUGCUGCUUUUUGGCAGUGCUGUUCCCAGAGGACUGAUCCUCCCUCACAGUUCUGUUCAGGUUCCUGUCUUUCUGCUGGCUCAGGCUGUUGGGAGGCUGUACCGCGCUUUACACAUCGCUGUGUUCGGCAGAACUCAGCCGCCGCUGGAGGUGGUCUUAUCUUGCAUUGGACAGGGUCCAGUAGUUCAUAUCCAAGGUCGACAGCUGGACUUUGGCAGAAUCCCGGUGUUGACGGAUGUCACGAGAUCUCUGCUCAUGUUAAACCAGUCACCUAUUCCAGCCAGCUUCACUGCCUUCAUGGUCCGUGGUAAGUCUCCAUGGCAUGUUGAGCCCAGUGAGGGUGAAGUGCCUCCUGAGAGCCAGCUGGAGCUCAGGGUAGUGGCACAUCUGAAGGACACACUCCAAUUCCAUGACUCACUGAAAGUGGCGAUCAAGGACAGUCAAACACAAACUGUUACACUGUCUGCAACAGGCACAGGCACCACAGUUAUCAGUGACAAGCCCUUUGGUCCUAGUCUUGACCUCGGCGUACACUUCAGUCAUCAGGUAUGCCAGUACCACUUCAAGCUGACCAACCAUGGCCAGAGGGUAUACCGGAUGUACUGGCAGAACAUUGGUCCGGUGCCUUCUGCAAACUCUAGUCAAAACCACCUGCCAUCCAUCACUGCUCCCAGGAAGAAGGACAUUCUACGCCGUGGAUCCCAUGUCCCUUCUGCCAGAGAGAAGCCAUUGUUCAGCCUCAGCCCUUGUCGUGUGGAGCAUUUUCCAGGCUGCUCUGUCGACAUGGUGCUGACGGCAUAUUCAGACACCCCCAGGGUUGUUCGAGAGCGUCUGGUGUGUAAGGGCGUUAUAGGUCACCAGGGCUCUUAUGAGCACAUAAUGUCCGUGGACGUGACCUGUCACUUUGUUGCUCCUGUGCUCAGCAUUUCCACCAAGCAGCUGAAUUUCUACAUCAAGAAGGUCCGGGAAAAGAGUCUAAACCUCCUAUUUGAGAAGCUGGUCUUAAAGAACGUGUCCUCUGUGUCUCUGUCGAUGGAUGUCUCAGUUGUUGAGCCCUUCUCUCUGUGUGAGGCCCACGGUGCUCCCAGCUCAGUAACCAUGAAGUCCAUGGUCUUAGGUGAUGGGAGGCAGACUGAGUUAUGGGUUUGCUUUGACCCAGCAUUCUGUCAGGAUCACCUGUCGUGUGUUGUGGAUGAGACCCUUGUGGUGCACUAUGAAGGACACCCACAACAGGACACAGUUGAGCUGCAUGCUGAGGUCCAUUUUCCCAAUCUCCGCUUUUCUUCUACCACAGUGGAUUUUGGAUGUGUGCUCAACUGCACAGGAACUCAGAAAGACAUUACAAUCACCAACUGUUCACUGCUGCCGGUGUCCUACCGUUGGACAUUUCUGGUCGACCAGAAAGAGUGUAACCUCAGAAGGAAGACAAUGACUCCUGAACUGCCUUUGAAAGAAGAGGAGCAGCAGAAGAAUCCAGAAAAUGAGUCUGAAGACGGAGACCACGUCACCUCCUCUGACAAAGAAAGCAUCUCACAUGUGGAAGAGGUGUUUGAUGUCUUGCCGAUCUUUGGUCAUCUGCAGCCUGGAGACCAGCAGUUUGUUAUAUUUUCUUUCUUUGGUCAAAUCAAUGUCAGCAGAGAGGUGAUAGUACAGUGCCAUGUGGAGGACGGGCCAAUAUAUGAAGUCACACUCAAAGGAGAGGCGUCAGAAAUCACCUACAGUUUUGAUUCCACCCACAUUGACUUUGGACUUCAGCCGUUUGACCAUGUAGGAGAAGCUGAGGUGACACUGGAGAACAGCGGCAAGGUGGACUUUACGUUUAAAAUUAUACAGCCUGCCUGGGAAAUGAAAGAGGAAGACAAUGAGAUGAGAGUACAGGGGAAAGUCUCAGGAGAGGAAGAGAAGGAACCAAAUACAAGGCAAGAAAAGGAUAAUGAGCAAAAUAAGGAGGAGCCAGAGGUCAGACCAGGUCAGGUGGUAGUUAUCCCAGCCAGGGGUUCCAUUAGUCCUGGUGCAAAGCAGCGGUUGCAUGUCUACUACCUCCCAGGCCUCCCUGAGGCCUUUGAGAAGAGCUUUCAGGUGCAGGUGGCUUUUCUGCCCCCACAGGACAUCAUACUGACUGGAGUGGGCGUGUUCCCGAGGAUCAGCCUGAACCUGCCACGACACCUGCCAGAGGAGCAUUACGGUGAGGUGGCGCAGCGCGCCAGUGCAGUUGUAGAGGCGGACAGAGAGGAGCCGCUGAGCAGAAUUCAUUCUGCAGGAACAACAGACAUCAGCCUCGUCCCAACUUAUGAAGAGCUGCUUCACCUGGAGAUCGAGAGAAUACUGGUCAAAGAGAACGCGCUGGCUGUGACCAGCAGCCUCCUGCAACUCAAGGACACCCCGACGUCCUUCAGAAAGUGGCACAGACUUAGGAAGUUCCUGCUCCCAGAGUAUGUGCUCGAUUUUGGUUAUGUAAUUCACGGCAAAGUCCUCAGCCAGUCUGUGAAGAUCACCAAUACUGGAUCAGCAGCUGUUUCCUUCCAGGCCAACCUCAAGCCUCUUGCUGGCUCAGGUUUCAGUGCAGAAUUUGAAAGAGUGAAGAACCUGCCCUGUGGUGAGACGCACACGUUCACAAUUAAACUGGAAGCCAAAGGAAACGUGCACACAGGCAACACAAGUGUUAUAAUGCCAAUACAGGUGGCAGGCGGCCCCGUGGUGCCGGUGCGACUGUGUGCAGUGGUGACAGUACCGGCCCUCACUGUUUCCACGGACACACUGCAGUUUGACACUGUGCAGUGCGGCAUGUGUCAGGUGACCACCGUGCAACUGUUCAAUCACCAGCCUGUCACCUGCAGCUGGAGCAUCACUGAGGCAGCCAAGCCCUACAAGAAGGUGAAUAAGUUCAUGCCGCUUCAUGUGCGUAAAAAGGUUUUAAAAGAGCAACAGCCCCCUCCAGUGGUGUUUGAGCCCAUGCCCUGCUGCGGUACUCUGUCCUCCGGGGAACGGGUCAACGUCCAGGUCAAGUUCAGCCCAGCUGAGGGGCGCACAUACAGCAGUCAGCUGGUGCUGCAUUUAACUGACAGCACACACCGGGUGUUCAUUACAGUCCAGGGCCAGGGAGCGGAACCACACCUGGAGUUCUGUCCGGCCCAGCUGGAGUUUGGGCCUGACCUGCCGUCCAGCACCGAGUCUGAAGCAGAGGUCACGGUCAAAAACCGCUGCUCCUUCCCCAUCGAGUUCUACUCUUUAGAGUUCGACACACACUAUGUUGAGGAAGAAAAGAUUCUGCGUCUGAUGCAGGGUUAUGAUGAGCAGAACAUUUUGCUUCUGCCACCCAGAGCACCUGGUGAUCGUCUUCCCACAGAGCUUCUGGCGUACUAUGAGGAGUACUGCUCCCAAUUACAUGCUGAUGAGGUAAAGGUGAAGGGUGAUGUGCAGGACGAAGCAGACAGUGGACGAUUGUGUCUGAACUCUAGAGAAGAAAUGCUGACUUUAUCACUGAAACAAGAAAAGUUAUUACUUACAGACGUGGCAGUGGAUGAAGAUGGUGGAUGCCUGGAACGGCUAAUGAUGACUCCCGUCUCCAGAGCGAUCGCCCGUCAUAUGAGGGUUGAUCUGUCCCCUGAGGGUCUGGCUGCACGCAAACGCCGAGGCAUUGCCCUCAUUGUGUACGGAGCCCCUCAAACAGCAUUGGAGCAGAGCAGCAUGGCUGUGGAUUUGGCGCAUCACUACGGAACGGCGUGUCUGAGAGUUGAUGCUGUUGUUACAGAGGCGCUCACCAGUGGCACCUCUCUGGUCAGCAUAACUGCAAGACAGCUUUAUGACCGCACUGCUGCCGAGCAUGCUGGGAUGGAGGCUGAAAGGGCUGCUCAGGCCACUGACGAUAUCACAGCAUCAUCACCGGCUCCCACAACAACACUUCCGGAAGCCUCCGAUAAAGCUCCUGAUUCAGGAUCAGAAUCACCAAAUGUGGUUGAUGCCCAUUUAAAGCUCAGAGAGAACAUCCACUGCAACGGUGACUCCAGGGGUCCAAAGGGGACUGAAACUAAGACCACUGUCUGCCAGCUGCAAAGAGAUUUAGCCUCACUCAGUCGACUGUUACCUGAACAGGUGCUUGUUGAUAUCCUGGCUGAGAGGCUGCAGUUCAGUGACUGUCACCGCGGCGCUGUGAUUGACGGUCUGGAGUGCGUUUACACUCCGUCUGUGACAAACACUCUGCAAGUCGUCCUCAAGGCCUUUAAUGACCGAAAACACAUCUACGUCAUCAACGUGUCCGAUUCCUACGGAGCCCUGAAGGAGCGGCAAAGAACUCAGAGAGACGCUGAGGAGGCCCAGCAGCAGGAGGCAGCUGAGCAGGAGGAGCGGUGGCUGCAGGAGAUGGAUGAAGAGGAGUACGAUGCUCUGCCUGAGCAGGAGAAGGAGCGCAUUUUGCAGCGACACAGGGAGCAGCUCCGCCAGCAGAAAAUCAGGAAUCUGGAGCACAUUAAAGUCCAGGAAGAAAAGAGGCAAGAAGAGGAGAUGAGGAGGCAGAAGGAAGAUUCAAAAAAGAAAACUAAGAAGGUUGGAAAACGGGAUGGCAAAGAGGGAACGAGGAAGAAGAGCGCAUGGGGUGGAAAGCAGUCCGCAGAGCCAUCGGGGAGCCGAAGGACAUCUCUUUGUAACAACUCAAAAGAGCAUCUCACAAAGGAGCAAAAUCAUUUAACUGAAAAUGCAAACAACUUGCUUCAGAACAAAGAGGAGGAGACAGAAGAGACCAAAGGACAUUCUCCUCCACCUAUAGACAAGCUGGAGAGAGACAAAGAGAGCGAACGGACUGAAAAAAUCAAUCACACGCUGCACCGUCAAUCCACUGUGGAUGAGCUGGAGUCUCUGUUCAUUGGAUAUGAGAAGAGCCAGCUCCAGGUGGACCACAUCCUGAAGCACUGGGAUCGGACUCGAGGUCUGCUACAUGUCCCUUUGUUUGGAGAAGUCACAGAGGACAUAUCAACAGAGAAACUGACUCCAAACAGCAAGAAGACCAAGAAAACAAAUUUAAAGAAUUUAUCUCCAAUGGGCAGUCCCAUGGCAGCACAAGAAGACAAGCUGUCUCCACAGGAGUCCAUCCCUCACAUUGUCCUUAAUGUGGCAGGGAUAGACCACGCCCACACCACAGAGGCACUCACUGGCAGUGCCCUGCCCCCAGUGGAGGAGGUGCUGGAUAAUUUGGGCUUGGGACCGAGUGGUUUUCCUGUUCCUCCUCCCAUAAUGCUCUCCAUGGUUCCUUUCCCCAAAAGCAGGAUGCUGUCUGACUGUAAAGUGAUUUGUGACUGUUUCACCUUCUUGGUUCCUUCAAAGCCAGAUGAAAAUGGUGAUGAGAAUAAACAGGAAGAUAGACAACCAGCAGUCGUGACGGAAGCGACAGCUGCAGGACCUUCCAAAAGUCGCUUCAAAGACUCCACCAAAGACUACACCGCAUCCAAAGACCAGGACAGAAAGGUCCGAGAGACUCAGAAAAGCAAGAGACAAGCGUCAGUGCUGACAAAAGCCAAGAGACCCGACACAUCUGGUUCCUCAUGUUCUCAUGUCUCCUCGUGUGACCUUAGUGAACAUGGACAACAGCAGGAAAAAUUACAGCUCAAACGCAGCCGAAGCUUGGAAAAGUUCCGCUGGGUUGUUCCAGCCAAUGGUGAGGUGGUUCUGAAGAUCUGGUUCUACUCAGACACACCAGGAACAUUUGAACAAAUGUUUAACUUUGAGCUUCUUGGCACACGGAGAAGCUACCAGAUCCUCUGCAGAGGAAUUAGCACCUACCCGUCCAUCUGCAGAGACUACAAGACUCUUUUCACUCUGAGUAAGAAGCUGCUAAAAAUGGAAGAAGGGCUCCAGAAGACUUAUGUGGUUGAACGUGGACUUUUUGAGUUUGGACCUUUGCUCUGCAGCAAAACCAGAGACAGAUACAAGGAGAGUAAAUACCCUGAGAAUUCAGAGACACUAAUGAUCCACAAUGAUUCUUGUCUGAGAGCUGAAGUCCAGUUCCAUUUCCAGUGUGACAGCCAAGCCACCACUUAUCUACUGGACCCCCCAAAGAUGACACUGGAACCCAACCAGAACCAGAAGCUAACAGUGUGGGCCUACCCAACGAGACUGGGACAAAUCGAAGACAGCAUUGUGUGCUGUGUCAAAGACAAUCCAGACUUUGACCUGAAGAUCCACCUGUCCUGCUGGGGAGUUCGACCGGAGCUGGAGCUCGACCGCAAACAGUUGCACUUUGACAGGACUUUGCUUCACAGGUAUGACAGCCGCAGUGUGACGCUGCAGAAUAAGACAGCUCUCCCCGCAUCCUGGAGACUCCGGGGCAUGGAGGACUUAGGGGAUGAGUUCAGUGUGCCCCAGGACCAGGGUGUCGUCUUGCCCAAAUCAUCUUUCUGCCUGAGCCUCUACUUCAGGCCCAUGAAGCCACUCAACAUAAGGAAAACACUUCGCCUCGAGGUGUCUGAUGUAGAGAAGAUUCUCGGUAUCUUGCACACAGAAAACAUUCACGUCGCCGCUGAAGCCUAUGACAUCGCCCUCGACAUCACACCAGAUGGCUGUCUGGACUUUGGAAGUAUUAAAGUCUUUGAAGAAGCCAAGCUGACUUUCAAGAUGAAAAACCAAGGAAAAUAUGAAAUAGCCUUCAAGUUCACACUUGAGAGUGUAGACGGGCCACAUGUGUCCUCCACUUUCACAGUUUCCCCUCAGAGUGGUUCUUUAUUACCCAACAGCAGGCCCACAACAGUGAACCUCAUCUCAAGACCAACACAGGAGAUGUCCAUUCAAGAGCAGCCUGUGCUUCACUGCCAGGUGAUUGAACCCAGGACUGGAAAUGGAGGAGAAACCAUUGCCAUCUUAACCAUCAAUGUGUCACUGCACUCUAGCUUCGCCAGAUAUAAGAUCACACCUUCACGAGAUCUCAGCUUUGGUCCACUGAGCUUCGGCUGCAAGAGGAGUCAGAGCUUCAGUAUUGAGAACAGUGGAAUUUUUGAGACCCAUUUCACCAUCAGCAACAUGUCUGAGACACCGCCGAGGACAGGGGGUUUAGGUUCAUCUAAAAAGAGCCGCCGUGAGAGUUCUUCAGGGCUGCACGCUGCUGCCACUGGAAAAAUAACAGACACGGCCAUUCCACAGUCCUCUCAAAGCCUCCACCAUAAUCGCCUCAACGUGGGGGUGUUCUCAGUCUCGCCCCGCACAGGCGUGCUGCAGCCGGGCUCCAAGCAGGUGGUGACUGUGGACUGUGCAGCUGAGCAGUUAGGCAACUGGAAUGAGGGCUUGCUCAUUGACAUCAGUGACCGCGACCCCGAAGACCAUCCAGACGGGAUACCGUACAGGCUGCUGGCUGACAUUUGCAAGCCAGGCAUCAGUUUAGACGUGUCCUCUAUCUUUGAGGAGCACCAUCUCUGCAGUAGCAGCAGCCAGCUAUCCUCAGAACAGUUUUGCAGUGCGAGCAGUAUUUACGUUCUGGAUGAAAACAAAUUCAUCUUCAACAAAGUGCUGGUGGGCCGAACUGCUCAGGCUCGCUUCAAACUCACCAACAGCAGCAAGGUGCCCUGUCAGCUCCACCUGGCCAUCAGAUAUGCUGGCACUAAGGCAACCCGCAGUGUGGAGGUGUUUAAUUUGCCCAAUGCAACACUUUGCAUUCCGAGCCAGUCACCCUGCUUUUGUGCUGUCACCUUUACGCCACAGACUGUGCACCUUUAUCACGCUGUGUUUGAGGCAACGCUAGAUGGUAGCAGUGGUUCUAGAAUGAUGCCCAUGGCCAAGGUCAAGGUGCUGGAGUUUGACCUAAUGGGAGAGGGCACUCUCCCCAGUGUGUGUGUGACAAGGCCGGCUCUGAGGGAUCACAGAGGAAGUCCAGUGCUGCAGUUCAGGCGGGUGUUGGUCGGGCGUCGACGCACCCUGCCCCUGGUGUUAAUGAAUGAUGGGAACGUGCCGGUUCAGGUCCACCUCAACAUGCUGGAUAAACACAGAGUGUUCACCCUCAAAGCUGCUCCCAGCAACAUUUCCACUGAGGACGACAGUGUCUCAGAACAUCAGCUGGAUCACCAAGUCCUCUGUCCUCUCAGUGUUAAUGAGCAGGCGGCGUUUGAGGUUAGCUUCUACUCUGAUAAGCCACUGAAUGCAAAGGCAAAGAUAUCGUUGUACGUAGAAGACAACCGUUACAGCAGUACCAUCAUACGACUGGUGGGGGAGGCUUAUCAGGAGGUUAUCUCACUCGAAAACAUCAAACAGUCCUUACAACGACUUGAUGAGGAAGAAGUUGAAGAAGGAGAUUAUGAGGUGCUGGAUUUUGGUGACUGCCACGUAAACUAUCCCUGCCAAGAGAGUUUUACUAUGACCAACCACAGCAGCAGCCAGGUGGUGAGGUUUGAGUGGCCUGCAGAUGCACCCCACGUUGUCUUCUCACCUCAGGUGGGGCACCUCCAUGCUGGCUGCUCCAAGGAGGUGACUGUCACCUUCUGCUCAGAUCAUCCAGUGACUCUGACCAGCCAGCCAUCGAGAUGUAAGAUUUGUGAGGUGGUCUUCCAGCAGUCACUGGAUCAGGUGGCCGACUGGGACGACAGGAAGCGAACGGUGCAGUGGCUGAGUGCUGUUCCAGGUUCAGGAGCACAACCUGAGAACAAUAAGGUGGUGAAGACAGAUUCAGAGCCGCCCUGCUCUGUGCUUGAGGGCUCUCUGUGGGAGCUGGAUUUACGUGUCAGUGCAGUUUGUGACUACGUGAAGCUGAGCUGCAGCACUGAUGCCAUCCACUUCAAAGACACCAUGCUUUACCAGACCAGAGUCCAGCAACUGCAAAUAGAGAAUCAGGGCAGCGUCAAACUGGAGUACUCGUGGCAAGUGCUCAUGAAAUCGAGCAGCAGCAGCGAUGAACAUGACCAAUCAGAUGAGGCCUUCAGCUCUCAACCCAUUAGCAGAUCAGGAGGGGCAUUGGCUGAAUCCCGUCCUGGCAGCGCUCUGGCCAGCGUGAUGUCUCUUCUCAUGGGGGAUCCUGAACUGCCCCCCUUCAGCUUGGAGCCCGUGGUCGGAAGUGUGGAGCCCGGUGCAGUGCAGAAUUUCCAUGUUCGGUUUUCCCCUUUGGAAGUGGCAACGUUCCGAGGCGAACUGCUGUGCAGUAUUCCCAAUUUGCAGCAUGGGGAUCAGGCUCCCUGUCUGCUGAUUUGGGGCCGCAGUCUGCUGCCUCAAUGUCACUUUGAGCUGGAGGACUCAGACUACAUCAGCGCAAACCGCCGCAGCCCUGACUUCAGGAGCCAUCUGGAUCCCAACUCCAGGGUCAUAGAGUUCAACUCUGUUGGCAUCAACACACCUAUAAGAAGGUGCUUUAAAGUGCUGAACCCAACCAGUAAACCCUACUCAUUUAAGUGGAUCUGUGAGGACACAGGUCCAAGUCCUUUUCGCUGCCUAACUCCAAGUGGUGCCAUCCAGCCUGGGAAGAAAGUCGAAGUGUGUUUGGAGUAUGUCGCUGAGCAGCUGGAUGCGGUGGAGUCCUUCUGGAGCUUUGCCAUUGACACUCUUUCACUGUCCGUUCCCUUCUUGUUGGUGGGAGCAGCCAGAGAGCCGCUCGUCUAUUUUAACGUGGCUCACCUCGACCUGCGAGAUGCGCUUGUUGGUCGCAGAGUACAGCAGACUAUCGAGCUGGUGAACGGAGAGGAGGAGCGCUUCCACUUCUCUGUGCUGCCGUCUUCUUUGCACUCGGACGACCAGCAGUCCAGUCUGACUGUGCAGCCUGUGACUGGAACACUGGAGCCCAAACACAGGGUGCCGCUGUUGGUGUCUUUCAAGCCGUGCCAGGAGGGUGAGGUGACCUUCAGGUUGACUAUGAAGGUGAAAAAGAAGCUGGAGCCUCUCAGCCUCAGCGUGAAAGCCGACUGUUUUACCAUGGCCACUUGUGUCCAAGUUCAGAAACCAGAAGGAGGCUUUAGAGACAUCCCUCCGAAUCAACCAGACUCUUUGGAUUUUGGAAUGGUGGGGAUUUCAGAGAAAUCAUCUCUUUCUUUGAUGGUGACUAACUUGGCACGAUUCAACCUGGAAGUGAACUUUGACCUGUCAGGAGCCUUGGAGCUGAUCCAGUGCUUGGAGGUCAGACCACAGGUUGCCACUGUUGAGGUUGGAAAGCAGCUUCAGGCAACCCUUGUCUUUUGUCCCCGGAACAUGUGCAGCCUCCAAGAUGUCAAACUCACCAUCAAGGUGACGUUCGGGCCGACAUUCACACUCACGCUAAAAGGAGAAGCUGUGUCACUGAGCCUCAAGUUCUCCUUUACUAAGUACAACUUUGGAAAGUGCGUGGUGUUGGGUCCCGGCGCAGUAUCUCCCUCCCACGUUCUGCUGAUCACCAACAAAGGCAAAAGAGACAUCAGUGUCCAGUGCCAGUUCAAGAACACCCCCUACCUGCAAACCAGCUUCAGGCCAGGUGUUCUGACGCCUGGCGCUGUGAUGGAGGUACGAGUUACCUUCUGUCCCCAGGAGGUGUGCCGGUACCAUGAAAAGCUCAUCUUUACUCUAAACAGCUACAUCACAAAAUCUGUGGACAUUGUGGGACAAGGUGUCAAGAUGAAGCUGGAAGUGGAGGAUCCCAGGCAUAAGAAGGUGAAACUGGGCUCCAUAGUUUUGGGCCAGAAAGUGAAAAAACAAGUGACUCUGGUCAACCGCAGCGUGGUCGAACUUUCCUUCAGUCUACAGCUGAGCUCAGAGACACCGCUGGACCCCCGGGAUCUUUCUUUCAGCCCAGCAGGUGAACUACAGCUCAAAGCCAGCAGUGGAUCGUGUAAUGUUGAAAUCCAGUUUUCACCACGGCAGCAAAUACCUGCCUUCACAGCGGAGCUGCAGGCACACUGUGCAGGCCUGCUGCUCCCCCUGCUGACAGUCCAAGGCCGCUGUCAGGCUGUGGAGGUUCACCUGGACCGGGAUCACCUGGCUUUUGGAGCCGUCGUCCAGCGCUGCCAAACCAUGAGGAGGAUCUUCAUGAAGAAUGCUGGAGAUGUUGGGGCCAGGUUUCAGUGGAAAGUUGAGGACUUUCCUCCAGAACUGUCCGUUGUGCCAGUCAGAGGCUACAUCUGUCCAGGCUCUGAGGUUCCAUUUGAAGUGACCUUUGCUCCCGUGGAGCUGAGCUCUGACUCACGAUAUGAGAACCUGUCGUGCUGCGUGGAGGGCACGUCUUCCCCCGUGGGUCUCACUGUGACCGGCUCCUGUGUAGUCCCCUCCACUUCCAAAGACGUGUUGACCUUCGUUUGCCCUGUACGCGGUUCUCAGAUCCAAACCCUGCCGGUGUCCAACCCCACAAACCGGCGGUGCAGCAUCAGACCCAUUAUGGAGGGCGAGCAGUGGAGUGCUCCGCCAGCUUUGAUCCUUGAACCUCUGCAAACCAAAACCUACAACAUCACCUACCGGCCACUGAGCAUGACUGCAGAGGGAACGAAACACCAGGGAUCGGUCUUCUUCUCCUUCCCGGAUGGAACUGGGAUGCUGUACUCUCUUCAGGGAACCGCUGAGCCUCCAAAGGCCGAGGACACACUUCUGAACGAAGUUCCUGCUAAGACACACACACAGCUGCUUCCCGUCCACAACUGUCUCACGACACAGCAGAGGUUUCAUGUGGUGAUGGAGAUCCUGAAGCCAGACAAGCAUGACGCUUCAGUGUCCCUCAAGGGGCUAAAAUACAUCGACGUCCCUGCUCAGGACAAGAAGGACUACAAGAUUCACAAGAUGUCUUUUUACGCGCACAGAGAGGGGCAGUACAACGCCAAGGUGACAUUCUGGAAUGAGGUGUCAGGUGAGUACAUGUUCUACCAGGUGAACUUCAAGGUGACAUCUCCAGGCGUGGUGUCCACCAUCGAGCUGGAGGCUACUGUUCGUCAGACAGCCUCAGCCUGCGUGCAGCUGGAGAACCCACUGACCACGCCGACCUGCUUCACCCCUGAAUGCAAAUGUCCCGACAUCAGCGUCCCGCUUCAGCACACCAUACCUGGACUGUCCAAGGGGACCCUGAGCUUCGAGUACCAGCCUCUCCGUGCGGGCGAGUCUUCAGCCCGCCUCACUCUCCACAGUAACGAGCUGGGACACUUACACUACCAGCUGCUCCUCAGAGCUCUGUCGCCCUCACCGGAGAAACCUGUCCACUUCCAGACCCCUCUGGGAGGCAGCCACGCUGUCCUCAUCAAGUUCAAGAACUACUCCCACCUCAAGACCGAGUACUCCUGUAAGACAGAUUGUCCAGACUUUAUUGUAGACAAGAGCGUCGGUGCUUCAGCAGGUUUCCACGCCGGAUCAGAUGCCAGUGUGGAGGUUUGUUUUGAACCCCAUGGGAUCGGGGAGGUGAGGGGCAAACUCACCCUGUCCUCAGGAAACGGCGGUGAAUAUGUCUUUCCGUUAUACGGGACCUGCCUCCCUCCCAAAGCCCAGGGCCCCUUCAGCAUCAGGGCUGGCCAGAACAUCUCCAUCCCCUUCAAGAACGUCUUCCUCCAGACCACAGCCUUCUCAAUCCAGGUCAAUAACCCCUGCUUUACUGUGAAAGGAGUGGACACCAUUCCUCCCAAAAAGAUUUGUGGCGUCCAGGUGGCGUUUGCCCCAUCUGAGGGAUCUUCUCAGAGCCAGUGGUUUGGAAAACUGAUGGUCUCCAGCCAGCGAGCAGAAGGCCACAGCAAACCCUGCUCCUGGACCUUCUACCUGAAGGGUUGCUGCCCCAAACCAGGCGGCAGCCCAUAAAGAU